AUCACUGGCUCGAGAUUUCUGUCAUACCCGUGAUGAAUCACGAGGGCGCAGCGCGCAGCCCGAGUCUACCACAGAGAAUAUCGAGAGCGAAUAAUCCAGGAAUAAUCAAAUAAAAUUGUUUUAGUAUUUAUUACAUCCAGUUCGAAAUCAGUGAUUGGCUCUCUCUAAAUAAAUCGCUCUUUUUUUUGCUCAAAAUCGCAUCUUUUCCCCUGCCAAUAGGAAUUUAAAGUAGCCAAUCAAAUAAAUUGCGGGAAAGCCAGUGCGAUCUACUCACGAAUCGCACUGUUUUUUACUCCAAAUUGCACCUUUUUCUGUUUUGCAUACAAAAUGAGAUGUAAAAAGUUUUCGGUUCUUCAUUUUUAACAAAACUGGCUACCGGAUCAAUAAAUUAUUGGAACCGGACCAAAUUCUUGUAUUCAGGCGAUAAAUAGUGCGAUUACAAAAUACAUGAAGGAGCAAUUGGACUUCGUACCGUGCAAUUUUGGUCUGAAAUCAUACUUGCGAUUUCAAAUCGAACUUGCACACAAACUCGUCCCCGGGUCUCGCCCUCUAGGCCCCUGGAACAAGCGAGAGAGGAAACACUCUCCUCUCUCGCUAACUCUAGGGGCGGGAAGAUGAGAGACCCUGGAAACGAAGUUGACUUGCACACUGCUACUAGGUGACCACUAUCUAUUGAACGGAAUAGAUAGUGAGUAACUUAGCCAAUACUGAAGAGAUAGAACGUAGAGCGUGAUUGAACGCUAGUAGAAUUAUACCAAUAGGUAUUACAACAAUUCAAUCCGCGCCAGAUUUUGCUAAACUGUGCUAAUGUAAUAUGUAGAGAAAUAACUGGAAAUCGCUAAUUUAAAAGAAAUUUGGUCAGAAUUCUACUAUGACAAUUAGGGUCCAUUGUAUUGUCUCUCGAUUUCUAUCAUUUCAAUCACCUCAUAGAAAUCCCGAGCUCAUUAUUUAGUUGUUAAUGAGACCACAUUCAAAAUUCCCAGUGGGUAGCUAUGGUAAUGAAAGCUGAUAAAUUACGUUUACCCAGUUUAACUCAAAUUGCCUUCAGUCCUGAAAAGCGUCCAUGACUACCGCGUCCCCGACAAACAUUUUAAAAAGUCAUCCUGUCCUGGCGACACUACCAGAAACGAAAAUCCCAACAAAUUCCAGCAGGAAUAACAAGGACUGGUCGGGGAUUGAUACCGUAAAUCGUAAAUCCUUUAUUCGUCUUGAAAUAGUCUGGGGUCAGUUUCAGAGGUCUUUUUCGCGUCAGGGACCUGUUUCUCGAAAGCCCUGGAAAGUUUUCGGGUCCGAAAAGCCAUUUUUUGUUAAUCAAUAUUUAAAGACAUAGAGGUGUACACGCCUGAAACUUCUUGCACGGAAUGGAACCUCUGUUUAUACUAAGAAUAUGCGAAAAUAACAGCUCUGUAAUCAUAAGGUUUGAGAUUUUGCUCCGGCUUUCCAGGUGCGAAAACUCAGUUUUCGGGACUUUCGAGAAACAGGCCCCUGGUCUGCUUCAGAAUCCUGUAACUGGAUCCCCGCUGUUUCCGGAGAGUUUGACAGUCACGGCAACAAACUCACUUAUUAAUAAGUUAUUGGCCGAUAAAACCGCAGGAAUAAGGACGAAUAACGCAUUCGUUUAUCUCAUAUGUGAUGUCAUGUCGCGAUGUUGUUUUCAAUUAUAAUUCUUCAAACCCUUUUCACCAGUGUUGAGACUUCAGAGAAUGGAUCAGGGAUCGAACAAUUCCACCCUUUCUUGUUUUUCAACGAGAAAGAGGUUUUUGCUCUCCGCGAACGAGCGCGAUCUACACACGCUGAAAUAGCACAAACGAUAUCCUUGGCGACCCAAGAGAUGAAGCAGAAUCCAGAAAGCUAUCUACCACCCAGAGAUUGGCAAAAGUUCUCCAGGGCUUGGAAUGAACGUUACGGCAACGAUCUAACCGCGGUGGCAUUCUAUUGUGUUUUAUACCCUGAAGAUAUCAAGGCGAGAGAGUUAGCGAUCUCAUUUAUGGAGCGACUUGAAAAUCUUCCAAACUGGCGCGUAAACGCUACUUUACACGACGAUGUUCCAGUAGCACACUCUUUAACCGGCAUGGCGACCGCUUACGACUUUCUGUACGGGCAGUUAAACAAUACUCAAAGAACACGCUUCUUGAAGAAAAUAACAAGCGUGACGAAAGAACUGUAUGGAAGAUCUUACGACAAAUCGCUUUGGUGGGGAUCCUCUUACUUACAAAAUCACGUGGCUACAAACUACAUGGCAAUUUUCACCGGCGCUUUGAUUGUCGUUCGGCAUAAGGAGCUCGAGGCGGAGAAAUGGAUGUCACGCGCUCACCUAAUGCUGAGUAGAAACCUAGAACUGUUUAACUAUAUUGUGGACGGCUCAAUCGAUGAAGGAGUGGCUUAUGGUACGUACACGUCACGCUCGUUGAUCCAGUAUGUUUUCCUUGCGUUACGUCACUUUCGCAUUGAUUUUACCCGUAGUCCCUGGCUGAAAGAACACUUUUGGUUUCUGCACUAUACGGUGCUUUCAGGGUUCAGAGAAACGGUGGGUAUUGGUGACUCUAAUAGGAACUGGUUUUACGGCCCAGAAAGCCAGCUAGUUUUCCUGGACAACUAUGUGUUAAGGAAUGGUUUGGGCAAUUGGUUGGCUAGACGGAUCAGGGAACAUAAAGUCUUAAAGGCGCCCUUCGCUCAGGCGCCGUCUCACAGAAAUUGCAUGCUUCACACAGAGUUUCUUUUCUACAAUUCUAGUAUCAAAGAGAGAGCUCAACCCAACCCGAGCCUGCCUCGACUGCAUGUGUUCAGUGACUGGGGAGUGGUUACCUAUGGGGGUGGCGUGGAUGCCCAAAGCAACGACUCUCGGGAUGAACGGGCUACAUUUCUUUCCUUUAAAUGCGGCGUGCUUCAUGGAAGAGCAAUAAACUCUGUUGUUAGGCGCAAAACCUUUCGUUCAUGGAUAAAAGGCUGGAAGAAUUUCAACCCUGGCCACGAGCAUCCUGACCAAGGAUCCUUCGUUUUUGCCCCAAAUGGAGUGCCCUUCAUUACUGAGACACUCUACGCCCCCAAAUUCACGUGGCUCAAUAACGCCAUAGUGUUUGGCCCCUCACCCAACUCGGAGUGUUCCAGCCACUUCGAGGGGCAGAUAGGAGAAUGCAAACGAUGGUUUAAUUUCAAGACAAUGGCCGCUUGGAAUGCCGAAGGGGACGUUAUCUCUGCGUCCAAUGAAGGAGGUAUGGUUUUUACUAGCGGCGAAAUGAACCAGUGGUAUCGAGAAGAGUUAGGCUUGCUAAGCGUCUAUCGUAGCUUGAUUAUGCUGACUCCAAGCGUCCUUCUUGUUGUUGAUCACAUCGAACGCAAACUAGCGGGACGAGCAUCGAUAAUGAGCGCCUUCUUUCACAAUAUAGACCACUCAUUCAGUCUCAACGUUAACUCCACGACAGCACCUCAUGCCAGCGUUUCGAUAGACGGACUGUUACACAAGGUAUACUGGUUCAACCUGGAGAGCGGCGAGGAAAGUUUAGCCCGUGCGGGACAUUAUUCAACAUCUUAUAAAUCGAUGAGAACAAACUACCUUAAUGUAACAACGCCGCUAACCGGGCGUUAUACUCGGACCGCGUACCUUUUCCUGGGCCCUGGAAAUAGAAUGGACCUUGCCCCACGAGUGUCAACUUCGCGUGAUCUUGGAUUAAAGGUGUCGUUAAGAAUCAAUGGUGUUCACUACGUCGCUUCCAUAGCAACAAAGCAUAAAGAAUCUUUCGCCCGCUACAGUUUCUUGGGUUUUGGUGGAUAUUGCAAGGUUCAGAUUAACGCCAAGAGAACGGUACGUUUUGGUUUGGAUGUAAUUUCCGUUUCUGAUGACGAAGUUGUGACCGAUUUAUCACCGACUGAGACCACUGAUACGCCGACAAACUGGAGUUCUCUAGCUUCCUGGAUUCUGCCUUGCAGCAUUGUAGGGAUUUUGGCAUUUUUCUACUCGCAACUUCGGCGCAUGCUGAUUGGUCGAACCACUUGUCGAUUGUUUGUCUGGUGUCUUGGAAUAUCUUGGCUUUUCACAACAUUAGUGAUCAAUUUUAGCUUCUGCACAGGUGAAAGAUGUCCAUGGAUGAACACUACAAAACACGAAAUUACAAGCAACAAGUAUAUUAGCUUUGAACUGGUGGAAGAUCCGCCGAUUGUGUUGUACACUUCCCUUCCCUUGGCCGGCGCUGAAAUUCUACAACACUUAUUCAACAAUUCUUCGGACUUCUUUAACGUAGAACGCGCAAGAGUUGCGCGUAAAUUUUUGGAUCCUUGUUCCGUUUUUUCUCGCUUUCACCCAUUUCCUGAAGCGAAGAGGUUGAGAAGUUGGCUCAGAGCUCUUUCGAGAGACCCGAGAGCUGUUUUCCCAAAUUUACCUAAAAAGCAUCACAAGGCUCUACCGUCGGUCCGAUUUGCAGACCCUGGCUGGGCAAUGAAGUUUCCAUGGCUCAGGAAAGUCCUGGAGUCGAGAGUUCUUGCCGUUGUUGUGGUUAGAGAGCCCAUGGGGUGGGUGAACGCCUGGCUUCGAGAAAUCCGCGUUGAUGAUACAAUUCGCGAUGCUUUACAUAAAGCGUUUGAUACGAUAAAGACUCAAGGCUGCCACGAGAAGAACAUGUCUUAUUUUGCACCUGAAUUCCAGGAAAUGCAAGGGUUACUCCUUGAGCACGAGAACAAAAACGGCAAGGACACUGUAGCGCUGCUCGCCCAUCUGUGGGCCGCGCACAUGAACGCUGUUCUUAACGUGAACUCGCACCGUCAUAAAGAGAGCAUACGCUUUAUUCAUUUGGAGGACCUGAUCCUGAAGCCUCGAAAAACUGCUCAGAGAUUGUUUCGCUUUCUCGGCGUUCCUCUUUCACCAGCGACUGAGCAUCGCCUUCUUACAGUUGCACGCACGGAGCAGUUCUCUCUAGGAGCCUCUCGAGAAAUUGUUGGCGUCAAGACCGUUUCGGCUUGGAAACGAGAGCUGAAAAGCAAAGAUGCUGAAAAGAUUAAAGACAUCUGCUCUCCAGUCAUGAAACAACUUCGGUACGACACCGAUGAACUAGAAAUAUCAUAACGCGUAGAAAAAUAUAAUGAGAUAAUGCUGCCGUAAGUUCUGUGAGGGAUGUGUGAAGCCCAAUUUACACGCACCGCCCGAGAAAAAUUAGCAAAACAAAAUCUGUAAUUUGUAGUGCAAGUAGAACAAUUUUUUUUUCUGCUAAAGCGCUUCGGAAAAGAAAAACGGUAGGCAAUGGAUAGGUUAGUUUGUAUACUAGAGAAAGCACUACAGAGAUCAUUUUGUUCCUUUGCGGUAGGUUUACCAAAUUUAUACAAAAGUAGUUCCGACUUCCUAAACAUUGGGCGGGCUGAAUCCUCAGAUUUUCCCGAAUAAGGUCGAUUUUCGUCCGCCUUAAGUAGGGAGUGAUUACAUCGCAAAAUUCAGCCUUACCAGGUUAGAGGUGCUGAGAUUUUUCGCCCAGCUUCCGAAAACAGUUCUCUUAAAAUGAAAUUGGACUAAUUGGUGAUUAUAUAUCUAGAUUACAGAGAGUGUCAGUCGGGGCUGAAAUUCAGCCCAGGCUUGAAAUUCCAGCCCGGCUUGAAGAACGGGAGAAUCAGGGGCCGUAGUGAAAAAAAGUGAAAACAAGAUAUCAGAGAUGCUCGAGGCUUGUGCAAUUUCUUCCAAUAAAAGAAAUUUCGUGAAAAACUAUAUUCAGAUAAACUGAUGCAUGUAAUAACACAUAAAAUGCCUCCACAGGAAAAAAAGAUGGCGACUGAUGCAUUUACCUAUAUUAAACUCUUGGCGCACGAAAAUGUUAACAACGCCCAUAAAAACGUACAGAAAAGUUCUAACAUCUCCAAACCUAGCAUACACUAUGUCGUUAGCACAGGUACAAAUGUUUUAAAAAUAUGGCUUCCCUUGUACUUUGUGGGCUGUGUAAGGUUCGCAUGGUAUUGUGGUAAAAUGUACAGCCGCCAUCUUUUCCCUACGGAUGGCGGAGGAUUGAGGUACUUCUAUAAAUAAAGGACUUCGCGUGACUGACCGUCAAUUUAGUUUUUCACGUCACGUGCUCGAGAUUUCCCAGUUUCUUUUAAUAUACACUACCAUUUUACUAAAACAGGAAACCUCGUGACUAGCUCGCCUGGCUCCCCACGAGAUCAAGUAAGGAAUAUCUUUUCAGGAAUUUCUCGUGACAAACUCGCCACUUGAAGUUUUCCAGGUGAUUUGCUUUUUUUAUAUAUAUAAAUAGCCGUUAUAAAGUAUACGGCAGUGUUAUAAAUAACACUGCCGUAUACUUCCGCGGGUAAAUAAUGAUGUCAGGGUUAUGUGAAAAUACGGCGAAAUACGGCAUAGAACUUUGUGUCCGCGAGAUUCUAGUAGGGAAAAUAAAGUUUUAACGUUUCCGCCUAUGUUACAAAGAAAUGACACAAUAUUUGACAAUUGCCUCUGUUACAUAAUUUAAACUGAUUAUGAAAAGUAAUUAAGAUUUCAUUAAACGUGAACGAAACACGUGAAACUAUUACAUCAGAUUUAUUCGAAAACCACGUAUCUCUUGUGAUUGACCGUAUUUCCCCGCCCCUCUCCGCC